AUGGACGUUGCCCAUAAACUAGCUCUUCUGGAACGUAUGAUCAAUCGCAUUUUCAACCAAAAUCUUCUUAGGGUUGAAUCCAUCAAUUCCGACGGACAACCUGUUUUCUACAGCGGACAAUGGCGUCAGAUUGGAAAGAACGAUCGCCUUGCUAUUGUGGGCGAUAGAGUCAUUGAUAUGGUGCUGUGUACCUCGUGGUUCGAUGUACGGAAUGCGGAAGGUCGCCUACUCACCAAAGGUCAAUGGUCGGAACUCCAGGGCGAUCUGGUGACCGAUGAUCGCCUCGCUCGACGUGGCUUCAGCCUUGGGCUCGAUGACGUCGUCAUCAAGAACCCUGGUCAUCAUGGCCGCAUUUCAAACGGAAUGAUGGCUAACGCUGUUGAAGCCAUCAUUGGCGCCGUCUACGUGGAUUCUGGUUACAGUCUUGACGCUGUUCGUAUAGUCAUAAGCCAUCUUAGCUUCUUCAAACACCAUCUGCUAUUGGUAUUUGUGGCGGCGUAA